GAACUUAUCAUUCCUGCACACUCUUGUGAGGCGGAUAAGGAACCUGCAUUCGAGUACACCCUCUUCCAGAACAUUAACGGAAAAGCGGUCACCCAUGUUAAAAUAGUCAUCAUUCCUGACGGAGGGGUGAAGCGCCUGAGAGUCUUCAGGGAGCGUGCUAUA